UUUUCCCCUCCGGAUACGUCGAAGACUUCCGUCUAACAAAUGUUAGUGCUAUGUUUCCAGCUGCUGGAUGAGUUUGUGAGGGUCAGUGUACAGCUGCAGUCUUUGAUAUUCCGCAGACCUGUCUGACAAGUGACAUGGGGAACUGUUGCAAGAAAACACAGAAAAAGGAAUAUGACCAUGAAUUGGAUGAACGGCAGGAAACUGAAUCAAAAAAAAAUGAAGAAAUCUUGUAUGUUACAGUAGAACACAACAACCCAACACAACAUAUUUCAAAUGAAGUGAAUCUAAGGGAUGACAACACUUGUGAAUAUGCAGUGAUCAACUAUAAUUGCAAGCAAGACACCACCAUAUCCGAACAAGAUACUCAAGAAUAUGAGGAAGUGAUACCCAAUUAAUGGGACAGAGGGGCAGUUCCAUAUCAUCACAGCUUAUUAUCUGACGGUGCAGACUGCUCAGCUUUGCUGGUGAUUAUGAAAACAACAAAUACUGUUUCGUGACUUUACCACUCAGACUAGGAAUUGUUUCAUUGAUUUAUUGCCUUCAGAGAUGAAGAUUUAAAUUGAGAAUUAUUCUGGUGUUUUCUUUGUUGAUUUGGACUGUUAUGGCUGUUUUUCAGGAUGGGAGUAAUGCACCACUUUCUCCUGCAUCCUCUUUGUUUCUCAUUUGUGUUGACAACCAGACAUCAUUUAAUUCAGUAAAUGAGAUUCUUGGGCUCAGUGGUGAAGCACCAUAGGCCUUGAGGAGAGGUGCCCACAAACAUAUAGCAAUCUGUGUACACACAAUUUCCACGUUAUUAUGAUCUCACUAAUAUUGCAGAAGUCAGAUACCAGAGUGAAACUAGGCUCAGUAGAUCUUAAGCUUUAAUUUUGCAAUUUGUUUACUGUGUGGUUAGUCAAUGAACAUAUUCACAUAAGACUGUCAAUGUACUUUUAGUAAAAGAACAUUAUUUUCCUACAUAAAAGGAAGAUAAAGCCCCACACAUACACAUAUAAAAAGAAAAUUUGGAAAGAUCUUGUCACAAUCAGUAAAAUGAAAGAUUCCACGCUUUUCCUGGCAAUAUACACUCAAUCCCACUGAAGUAUCACUCCCCUUUCCACUUUAACUUUUCUGACUGAACUGACAAUACAAUACGAAUUUCCUUUUGGUGACUUUCUGCACAUUCAACAAAUAUGAAUCUCUCACCAAGACACAUGGACAGGCUAAUUCUUUGACCUUACUCUGACUUUGAGAAAGUGAGGACUGCAAAUGCUGGAGAUCAGAGUCAAAAAGUGUGGUGCUAGAAAAGCACAGCAGGUCAGGCAGCAUCCGAGGAGCAGGAGAAUUAACAUUCCGAGCAGAAGCUCUUCGCCAGGACUCUGACUUUAGCUGUUUUGAGGCAGCAAAAACAUAAGACCUCUUUCCAGCUCUGAUGGCUUGAAAACUUCCAAAAUUAAAAUCUGCACCUUGAGUAGAAUAGAAAUUUUAUUUUCUGAACUUGGCUGUUGCUGUCUGUCUUUUUAAUGUAGGCCAAAACAGCUUACGUUAACAGUAAACAGCAAUUAUCUCACCAGAUAGUAUGUUCACUCAUUAGUUUAUAUCAUUUGAUUUCCUGGAAAGUUUGUCUUUAGCUCUGUAUUCAAACUGGGUUUCUGACCCUUUCAUAAAAACAACACAUCCGAACUUCAUAACAUUGAAAAAUGAAAUACUAUUCACCUCGACAUCAAAAUUCAAGUUCACAAAAUAACAAUAAUAUGUUAUAAACGUUCAUUACAAUGUCCUGAUUUAUUAAUUUAAUGCUAGCACAAAUCAAGGGAAUCUCUGCUGUCCAGCCACAGUUAUGAGACAGGUUAAGCAGUCAUUUGCAAUGCAGAAUUCUCAAAGACAACAAACCAGGAAAUAUCUACAUGGAUUAUCAUUCGUUAUUUUUAUAAGUCUAUCAUUAGGACAAAAUAAACAGUUUUGUUUAUUUAGAAUCUAGAAGGUGAUUUAUAAUCGAUUUUUAAAAUAAUUUUUAUUCAAAACUUUGGGAUUUUUAUCAUGAUUGAUAUCACUCAAAUAAAACAAAGUUUUUCAGGCUAGAGAAAUUCUUUAGCAAUAAUAAGCUUGGAAUUCACUGUUCAAAACCCAUAUGAACAGGUCAUAACUUUUUAAGUUUUUUAACAAUGAUCUUAAAAGAUGCUUGGAAAGUUUUCAUCAGACUAAGUGAUUUCCAAAGACUACUGACAGCAACUUCUGAUUUCAUUUAACCACACAUGCACAGAUGCCAAAGUUGUUGUCAGUUUCACAGCUGUAAAAACAGCAAAUUCUGUCAUAAUUACAGCUAAAAAAUCUAGGCCAGCUAGUUUUCUGUUCUGCUUUCUGAUCCCAAUUGAUAAGUAGUUGGAACAAACUGGGAAGAAUCUAAGAUGUUGAAAUCUAAUUUUUACAGUGGACUUCAAAUAUGCAAGUGAUCCAGUGAUAGAUUUGACAAUGCAUUCACUUUUACCCAUUCAUUUUAUAUAGAAUUCCUGUUUCAAGUAUACAAUAUAGUUAGUCAUCUACUUCUUAAUGCUUAAUAUGUCAAAUGUAAUUAACCCCGGCUGCAUUUCAUGUAAAGACACUAGUUUAAAUUUAGUCUGAAAUCUUUUUUCUCCUCAGUGUUUUCUGUUUUUGUUUAAAUUAAGUGGGAUAACAGAUUAUUUGUGAAGUGUUCUUGUUUUCCUUUGAAGUUCAUAGAAAUCCUUACCCAAGUAUGAAAUUCUUAGCAAGAAAAUUAUGGUAGUAGCAUUUUCCCUGGAGAGCAGAACAAAAUGAAUACUGUUGAAAUGUGGUUUGUUUUUCUAUUGCAGUCAUUGAAGCAAGGUUUAAAAACCAACUGACGAUUUGCUGUCGUCCACUAUCCAGAAAAAUUUCACCUUCUAGAGAUUUAUGAGAAUUCAAAUGUUCUUCAAUUUAAAGAAGGAAAUUUUCAAAUUAGAUUUCCUUAAAAUGUGGUCUGUUCUCUAUGGUAAAUGUAAUUCAAAUUUCUAGUGAUUUUCUAGUUUCUAAGAAUAGUUAGUAAAAUUAUUUUUUAAUGAAGAAAUAUUUUCUGAAUUUUAUGUGGUUAAAUAAAGAUUGAAAAUGCAAUGAUUUGUAUCAUUUUAAGACAUAAAUGACAUGUUAAUCAUAUCUUUACGCAAAUGGAUAAUUUUGGUGUAACCUAUCUAUGGUGAUACAACACAAACAGAAAUUGUUGGACAAACUCUGUAGGCCUGGCAACAUCUGUAAAAACAGUGUUAAUGUUUUGCAUCCAUUGAUCUUUCUUACAAGAAUGUAUUUGUUUCAGAUCUUCAGCAUCUCUUGUUCUUUGUUUU